AUGAGGCCUUUAACACACGAAGAAACAAAGACUUUUUUUGAGAAGCUCGCUCAAUAUAUCGGUAAAAAUAUCACUCAUUUAAUUGAUCGUCCAGACGAUCCCCACUGCUUUCGUUUACAAAAAGAUCGUGUCUACUAUGUCAGUGAAAAGGCUAUGAAACUGGCUACUUCGGUUGCUCGUACGAAUCUUAUGUCCUUGGGUAUCUGUUUUGGAAAGUUUACAAAAUCGAACAAGUUCCGCUUACACAUCACCUCCUUGGAUUAUAUUGCCCAAUACGCUAGAUAUAAAAUCUGGGUCAAGGCUAACGGUGAAAUGCCCUUCCUUUAUGGUAACCACGUUUUGAAGGCUCAUGUCGGUCGUAUUACCGACGACACUCCUCAACACCAAGGUGUCAUCGUUUAUUCUAUGAAUGAUACUCCUUUGGGUUUCGGCGUGACAGCUCGCUCUACUGUGGAAUUGACACGUUUAGAUCCCACCACCAUCGUUGGUUUCCAUCAAGCUGAUGUCGGAGAGUAUUUGCGUGAUGAAGAUACUCUCUUCUAA